GUUUUCGAAUUUGUAUUGGUAUAGAGAGAUUUGCCGUUGAAGUGCACUCUAUAUAAAAAAGUUUCCUUUUCAAGUGUAUCGUUUACCUGUUUUGAUUUUGUUGAUUGAUUUAUUUGAAAUGUCGCGUGAUGGGAUGAUCGGAUUGCAAGAGUGCGGACCAGCGCCGCCGCGAGCGCCCCCGUCCGCAACGACGACUCCAAUACGAGAGCGCGCCGCAUUGGCUGUCGACUAUUACAACACUCAUGUGCAGCGCGCUUGGGCGAACGCCGGCCUCUCCACCUCCACCAACCGAUCCUCGUUCAACGACAGGCACCGCCGAAACGAAUCGUCGUCGCGUCGCGCGCACCUCUUGCUGCAGCCCGAGCACCUGAGUCGCAGCAACUCGAGUUUGGAGCUGCUCGAGUAUACGAAUCAGCUGUCGAAUCCCGGCUCGCCGCUGCUGAAGCGCGAAUACGGCAGCCACGGCUCCAUCGACGUCAUUGACAGGUCGCUUGGCAUAUCGCAGAAUGCAUUCUUCAAGAUGCUGCAGGACUACAAGCCAGCCGGGCUCGUAGGCACGGAUCAGCGCUCGCCGGGCCCCUCGGAGUAUCUGCGCGGCAAGCUCGAAGGCAAUUCCGACGAGGCAAACCUCCCGCAGAGUCCAAAGCACCGCAACAAGCUCAAGAAGCACUUUUGGAACAACGCGCAGGCGCCCGCCGGCAACUCGAAAACUUAUCGGCAGAUCAUGGACGACACUGCCGUAGGUAGCUCCACGCAGUCGGUGUGCCUCUCUGCGGAGACGGAAGAAAUCGCCCGGAGACGGGCAUUCGCUCACUUCGACUGCCAAUCGCUGAUGACGAACCUGAACUACUCGGUGCGCCUGAGGAGGAACUUGCUCGCGAAACGUAGGAACACCGCCACCGGAGCCUCGGCUGCUUCGAUGCUGAUUAGGUCGUCUACGCCCGACGGCGACAACGACGAGGAUUGCGGGGACGGGCAGAGUAAUGGCCUCGUCGAAAGUUGUCCGUUCUUUAGGAACGAGAUUGGCGGUGAAGAGGAGAGGAUCGUGAGUUUGUCCAGAUUGCAAAACGGACACAAUAGGAAGCCGCUCCAUAGGCCACCGUUGGCGUACGGCGUGGCGGUUUUGGAGUUUCCGCCCGGGGAAACGCACUGGAGACAUUCUACUUGUCCGUACCAGCGGUUCCCGAGACCUAUCGAGAACGUCGACCAAGGGGCUCUCUAUUAUAGAAAUUAUUUUGUCGGUCAAGAACAUCAAAAUUGGUUUGGAAUGGACGAUCAACUGGGGCCUAUAGCUAUUUCUAUAAAAAGAGAAAAAGUUACGCACCCUGAAAAUCAAAUGACUACUACUCUUAUGCAGUAUCAGUAUAGGUAAUUUCAAUGAAAUGUAAUACGAACUUCCGAACUCCAAACCCUCCGCGGAGCCGUCCUCGAAGAUGCUAUACCAAACAUCAAAACGUCCAAUAAUCCAAAAACAUUAAAUACCAAAGAAGUACUCGAAUAUGUUGCGCCGGAAAUCCAGUUGAGCUGCCUCAAGCUCGGUGUUCACAAUCAGCAGGUUAUCGAUCAGAUCCUCAAGCUCGACGAGCAAGGUUUGACGAAUCACUACAAAGUAGGAAUAAUGUAUUGCAAGGCGGGACAGAAUACGGAAGAAGAAAUGUACAAUAACGAAGAAGCGGGUCCGGCUUUCUUAGAGUUCCUUGAGACGAUAGGAAAGACGGUUAGAUUGAACGGGUUCGACAAGUAUAAAGCCGGAUUGGAUAAUAAAAGCGACUCAACUGGUCUGUAUUCUGUGUACGCGCAAUAUCAAGACUGCGAAAUAAUGUUUCACGUGUCGACGAUGCUGCCCUUCACUCCGAACAACCGCCAGCAGCUUCUCAGGAAGCGCCACAUCGGCAACGACAUCGUGACGAUCGUCUUCCAAGAGCCCGGUGCUUUGCCCUUCACUCCGAAGGGCAUCCGAUCCCAGUUCCAGCACGUCUUUGUCGUCGUCAACGCCAUGAACCCGUGCACGGAGAACACCCACUACAAAGUAGCCGUCAGCCGAUCCAAGGACGUCGAAGCGUUCGGCCCUCCGAUCAAAGAGGGGGGCAUCUUUCCCAAAGGCAAAGUAUUCGCCGAGUUCCUACUCGCGAAGCUUGUGAAUGCUGAAAACGCUGCUCACCGUUCGGAAAAGUUCGUCACGAUGGCCACCCGCACCAGGCAGGAGUACCUCAAAGAUCUAGUGAUGAACUGUUCGACGUCGACGAUUAUCGAUACCGGACAGAAAUUUUCUAUAUUCAGUACCAAAAAAAAAGAAAAAGUUCGUCCCCGGUUCAUACCGGAUUUAUGCCAAAGAGGUGCCAUUUUAUGGCAAGUAUUAUUAGAUGAUAGUGGACAAGGUCAGCAGAUCGAAUGCUUCCUCGGAAUUUCUUCAGAUUCGUUUGUUCUCAUCGAAGAGACCACAAAACAAAUCGUUUUCGUUACCCCUUGCAAGUCGAUAUUGGGCUGGUCGCCGCAGACGAACAGCCUCAGGCUCUACCACCACCAAGGAGAGUGCAUGACGAUCCACAUGCGGGAUUUGCAAGCAAACAGUUUCUGUUAAAGUGAUGAAGUUCGUGCUAUAACAGAAAUAGUAAAACUGAGUACUCAGAAGAUGAGGGUUGAUCAACUAUCAUCCCUCCGCAACAUCAUGGGUCAGCUAGGUUUCCACGUUCAACCGGACGGAAUCGUAACUUUGGUAGAAAGCGCCGGACAGGCUUGGCAAGCCGGCCUGCGUCAAAAUUCCCGGCUAGUAGAAAUCUGCAAGGUGGCCGUCGCGACACUGACCCACGACCAAAUGGUCGACCUACUCAAGACGUCCAUAACCGUUAUAUUGACUGUGAUACCCCCUCUUCCUGACGGUUCGCCCCGUAAGGGCUGCACGCUGCAGAACUGCAAAUACAACGAGGCGAACUACGAAGGCGACUACGACAACGCAGGCAACGAGGAGAACAAGAGCAGGCGCGCGCCGCAGAUGCAGCAGGCCGUCUUCGGGAAUCAUAGGAAGUUUUACGACAGGAGUUUCAGUCCUCCGAGAAGUAGCAACAGUUCCGGGUACGGUACCGGCAGCAGCAGCAAGUCGUUUCACGGGCCCGAGACGCGGUUCGUAGCGAACGUGGAGGGCACUCUGACCAGUUCAUCGAGCGGACAAUCGGGCGACGACAAAUGGUAUGACUUCCUCCAAGACUUCGAACCUCCCCCUGUCCCUCUGAAAAAUCACCAGUCUCCGCAUCACGCCAGCAGUACUUUCUCGACUCCGACGAAACGUAACAACCUCCACCAGGUUUCACAGCUGCAACAUAACACCCACUACUCCGUACAACACAACAAGCUGCACAUCACGAACUCCCUCCCUUUACAUCACGUAGACGUUUCGCAACCGCUCAGCGCCGUCAUACACAACAACUCCGCCGAGCUGGACGCUUACAAGCGACAGAAGAGCAACAAGAUCAAGCAGCACGGAGACCGACUGCGCCAAGAGGGGGAGCACAUGUAUUCGAGGACAUCACGUGCCCCGGACUACGCGUCCAUUCAGUGCAAUGACCUGGGGAGGUUGACCGUCAAUGACAGCCACUCGACGAACAGCUCUAUCAGCGAGAGGAUGAACUUAGUUGGUAGCGAAGAUGAGCUGUCAAAUGGUAGUGGGAACAUGUCUCCCAGAACCCGCAGUCUUACGAAACAUGCGAAUCUAACACAGUCACAGUCUGCGGGGUACACAAACAGGAACCAGAGCCCUAGGUCGCUCAACGGAGAGGCCAAGCUUCGACCGGGUGUUACCCCUAGGUCAUCGAAUCGCAACAGCGCCAACUUGUCCAAUACGAACUUCCAGGAGGAGCUCAUACGGUUGAUUAACCCGGAUAAUAUCGACGCACCUGUGGAAACGAAACCGACCAAGGAAAUCAAGACUCAUUCCAGGGAAAACCUUAAUAACGCCAUCAGUAUUCACAGGACGCAGCCGGAGGUUAUUCUGACGAUGGCUCGACCCGCUACAGUUAUUUCUAAUGCUAGUACCACCUCGAGCCCGCUGCCGAUCGAAUUUAAGAGAAGUCAGGAUGAGGGCUCUUCACACGCUUCGUUAUCUAGUAAAUCGAAGCCCGUCCACAAUUUUCCGGACGAUUUUCCUCUGCCGGAAGACAGUGAUUGGCCGAGUUUGGUCGAUACGGCUACGAGCUUCAUGAACCAAGUGGGGUCGUCUUCAGAUAUGAAGGAACGCGAGACGAACAGACUUUGGAAUGAUGAGACGCCUAUCGAUGCUUCGAUAACUUCUUCUGUUAGUUCCAGUACAAGUGUACCGGAGCUCCAGAAUCAUGUGGCGGAACUCGAAUCGAAAAUGAGCAGAGAAACCCGCAGGAGAAUGUCACUCGAAAACGAAGUACGUCGCCUCACAGAAGAAAACAGAAAAUUGCAAGAUCAGGCGACCGCUGCUGUUCAGCAGCUAAGAAAAUUCACGGAGUGGUUCUUCAAGAAUGUCAAGAAGCAGUAACUCCAAAUGAAAUUUCCGUUUUCACAUUAAAACAUAUCUGAGUUUGUACGGUAUGUUGAAAAUUUUAUCGAGCUUUACAUAAUUUAAGUUUUUAAAAUAUAUAUUUAUUCAAUUGACACUCUUUUAUGUAUAUAUGUAUCAUUUAUUUUAUUAUUCGUUUCAUUUAUGUUUUAGAGAUUCGCGUAAGAAUGUUAUUAGUACAAAAUUCUUUAAUUUAUUGUUCUUUAAUUUUCGACCUGAAAGAUCGACUUUUUGCGAUUCUCCAAAGAGAAACAAUCUUUUAUUUAACUUGCUGAAAUUUAGCCUCGAAAUUGAAAACUGAUUUGUUUUUUCAAUCCCUAUAGGUUUCACUUUUUGAAAUCUAUGCAUCGACCUAGACAAUCUUCACUACCUCGGAAUAAAACAACUCAUUUUAAAUGUGGCUCAGUAAAAUCCCACUGCUGAUCCCAGAAAUAGGUUGUUUUAUGAGAAAUUGGUCGAGAGUGAUUAAAAAGCGGUUGAUUUAUAGAGUGGAGUAUCAGAUUAUCUUUAAUUCUAGCCACAUUUUUCACUAUAUACAAAAUUAUCUGUGGUUAGAUUUCUAGGAUGUGAAUAUAAUUGCAGCCCUUCGUUGGGCGCCAAAACAAUUGAAAUGUAAACGUCCUUUUCGCUAUUAUUUGUGCUUAAUAGUUCUAGCAUUAAUUUCCGUUUGUUUUUGAGAACAGUUUCAAUAUAAUGGCUCCAGCUUUUUUUGAAUCAGGACAACCCCUCUGUUGAUGAUUGUUUUGAGAACUGACUUGUCGUUAGUUACCACAUAAUGCUGUACUUGAAAACAAUUAAUAAACUUUCUAUUACGAAAGGAGUUAGGGUUUUGGUGCAUUACGCCCAAGAUGUACCAAACCUUUGAAUACCCUCCUGGAUAUUUAGAUGUAUAAAAGCUAUAGAACCCAUAAAAAACGAAUGCAAUCGAAUUUUUAUUUAUUUUUGUAAUUUUUUAUUUCUUGUGAUGUUUUCUUCGAAACUGUCUUCCAAAACAGUUAUUGUUCGAAAUAAAAAUGGCCAGAAUUCUAAAAAAAAUCAAGAAAAUUAUAGUUGAGCUUGUGUAUUUUAACCUAGACUAUGAAUAAGGAUCACAAUAAUCCUUCUACCAAGUUGAAAACGACAUUGAAGUAGUUACAAGCAUAUACGUUUCAAUAAUUCCUUCCAUUUUUCUGUAAAAUAGGAAAUGUAAACGCUUCAUGAGAUUUCAAUUUAUUUUUUUCCCUAAAAGUUGCAGCAUACCAGUUCGACAUGAGGUCGAAAUUUUCUGCUUUGUUUCAACUCUCCCUUCAUUAACUUUCUUUCACGAACCUGUACUUCAACUGUAUCAUUUCAUAUUGAGUAUGUUUUUAGUAUUAAACUGUCUGAAUGUGAAACACGAACACCAAAUCUACUGUAAUAUUAAUAUAGCUCUAGAUAAGUACUCAAGUGUGCAGAAAGUAUAUCCUGAGUGACAUUCAGUUGUACUUUUCUCAACACUUGUUCUUUAAUUAUUGUAAGUUUACAGUUGCAUUCCCCAGAGUUUGUAAUGAUUAAUAAUCAUUUAUUUGUUGUUUUAUUAAUUCUUGAUUUUAUGUUGAAUAUCUGUGACCUGUUAGAUGCCUUAGAAAUUGAUCUAUUAUAUAUUUCAUUGAUAAUUUUUUAUGAAAUAAAUAUCAUAAAAGUU